GUUGAUAGUGGGGUAUUAUUUUAAUGUAGUAAGUGGAAAAUUUGUAAAGGGGUGGGGUUGGGGGAGAGUAGGGGUUGAAUUUUUAAUUAUUUUUUGUAUGGAGUAGGGGGUAGGUGGGUUAAUAGGGGUGGAGUGAGAAAUAAUAUAAUAUUGUUAUAAUAUUUCCAUUUUUAGAAACAGGUCAAGUAUUAAGGGACGACCCGAUAAGGAAAACAGGUCAAGUAUUCCGGGACGGAGGGAGUAUAUAAGUAAUAUCAAAGCUAAGCUUUAAUACGAAAUUCGUAUUUACAUAAAGCCAUACAUCUAUCAAAGCAUCCUAUAUUAUACGUGAAAGUGUGAAGCUAGCCCUAAAAACAAAUAUGGUGGUCAUCAAGGCAGACAUCAACGAUCGCGAAAGUGCAAAAUAUGAUAAAUUUGAUGGGCACUUACCUCACGAGCUAACACUUGAAAUCUUGCUUCGACUACCGGCAAAAUCAUUGUUAAGAUUCAAGUUAGUAUCUAAAUCAUGGAAUUCCCUGAUCUCCAGACAAGAUUUCAAAAAAUCCCACACACGUAAUUCAAAACCUCAACCUGUAACCUUGUUAUACAAUUCAUAUUAUAUGCCAGUUAACUCUUUAUCCCUCAGUAAAAGCGAUAGCCUAAACCCUACGGUGCUGCAAGUAAACCUUUCUUUCCACGACGGUGGAAAAAGGUACAUGUGUAGUGAGCUUAUUGGAUCAUGUAACGGUCUUAUAUGCACGUAUUCAGAAUUCGAAAAAUGUUUCUACCUCCGUAAUCCUCUCACCAAAGAAACCAAGGAAAUUUAUUUUCCGUACCAUAAAUCGGACACUUUUCUCCGGAUCCGUAGCGGAGGCGCUUCGUGGUUCGGAUCCGUUCCCUCUAUGAAUGACUACGUGAUUUGGGUACCAGUAAACCGAAGAGUCUAUUUAUACUCAAUUAGGGAUGAUAAAUGGAGAGAAUUAGACACUAGUGAUAUUGAAUCCUUUGGUAGUGUGCAUUGGGGAAAUAAUGUGGUUGUAAUGAACGAGACAUUGCAUUGCUUGUUAGACAAUUACGGAAGAAAAUUCAUGGUGAGAUAUGAUUUGGUGCAAGAAACUUUCGAGGUCGCUCGGAUUAGUUUUAAUUAUCAUAAUUACGCUAGUAUGAAGUUUAAUACUGAAUUAUCGAUUGGAAUCCUUCAAGACUCGAACUCGAACUUGAGUAUUUGCAUGAGUAAUAUUUAUUACUCUCGUAAUAAUAAUAGGCGGUGGGUGAUGGACGUGUGGAAGUUAGAGAAAUAUAAUAAGUUGGAUUCUUGGAAGAAAUUGUUUAGCCUCGACUUGGAGUCGUCGCCUGACUCGCCUUACUGUCAAUUUUAUUCUUUCCUUCUGGGAUUCACAUCUAAUAGGGGUAUUUUGGUAAAAUCAUCUUUGUUUUAUGAAGAUCAUACCACCAAUUUUAACGAGCUCUUUCUUUUCGACCUGAAUCAAAAUUCACUUCGUCGAAUGCAACUAGGAAGAGUAGAGGAUGUUAGUUACAUGUUGGAUUAUGUGGAGACUCUUGUUUCUCCAUUUUCAUUGCCUUAGACAAGCUAGUCUUGAUUAUUUGCUUUUUUGUUUUUUUUUUGCUGUUAGUUAUUUUUCUUUCUAAGAAUCAAAGUUCAAAUUAGAAGGACGAUGUGUUAUUAUUUUAUCAAAUCUAGAAAUUAUGAAUUGAAUUUUUUUGUUACCAUGUUGAUAAUCUAGAUUUUGACCAUUGUUUUAAAUCACAUCAUUAUAGCCUAUAGGUACGUGUUUCUAUAUUCUCAAACGGAUGUUUUUUUUUUUUUUGCUUC